UUGACUCGCCGGCUGCUCAGCGGGGACUCUACUUCGUGGUGUUAUUACCAGAAAUAUUACUAUUGUUAAUCCGGCAGGGUAAAGUGUUUCAAGCCUCCGGAAUAUUUCUGUCUCAGCCGGGACCUGAGAGCCCAGAGGCGGACUGACUCCACAGCAUCACAACGCUCUACUUCGAUUUGGACACGUUUGUCGAGUGCGUCUUCUCCUCAAUCCACCUGCCUGCGCGCGUCGGGAACAGGAAGCCCAUGGAGGGAUGUCGCGAUGCUGUGCACAAGGAGAACUAAAACUUUGGUGUCGACAUGUGUGAUCCUGAGCGGCAUGACCAACAUCGUGUGUCUCCUCUAUGUCGGCUGGAUCACCAACUAUGUCGCCAAUAACGGAGGUCCCAAAGUUGCGGAGAGCGGCGGGGAGGCCGACAGAAACUUGGAGGAGGACAGUAAAGGGGAAACGUUGAGGAUUAUCGAGAGGCUCGACCGGCUGGAGAGCGUCGUCAACGAGCACAUCAAAGAGACCCCUCAGAAGGACGGUGAAGACGCUGCAUCCUCGUCAGACUCUGCCUCAGACUCCGCCUCCUCACUCUUUGACCACUGGGGUCACGACCUGGGCCCAGAGAGUCGAAGGGUCGCCCUCAGGAAGUUCCGUUACUAUGGCUACAACGGCUACCUUAGUGACCGCAUCUCUCUCACCCGGUCGAUCCCAGAUUUACGUCCGGACGGAUGCAGAAACAUGUCGUACUCAACAGAUCUUCCUCAGCUCAGUGUCAUCUUCAUCUUUGUCAAUGAGGCCUUGUCAGUAUUGCUGCGCUCCAUCCACACAGCCAUCCAGAGGACUCCGUCACACCUGCUCAAAGAGAUCAUACUUGUAGACGACCACAGCAACAGCGUUGAGCUGAAAGAGCACCUGCAGAGCUUUGUGGAGGAGACCAACGCUCAGCAUGGUCCGGGAUUCAUCAAGGUGGUCCGCCAUGACAAGCAGGAAGGGCUGAUCAGAUCCAGGGUCAGUGGAUGGAAGGCCGCCUCCGCUCCUGUCGUCGCUCUAUUCGAUGCACAUGUGGAGUUCAACAUUGGAUGGGCAGAACCUAUUCUGCAGAGAAUAAAGGAGGACCGCACCCGGGUGGUGUCUCCCUCUUUUGACAACAUCAAGUAUGAUAGCUUUGAGAUUGAAGAGUACCCGCUGUCUGCUCAGGGCUUCGACUGGGAGCUGUGGUGUCGAUACCUCAACCCACCAAAGUCCUGGUGGACACAACGCAACCACACAGCCCCCAUCAGGAGCCCAGCUCUGAUUGGCUGCUUUGUGGUCGAUAGGAAGUACUUUGAGGAGAUUGGCUUGCUAGAUGAAGGUAUGGAGAUUUAUGGUGGAGAAAACGUGGAGCUUGGCAUCAGGGUGUGGCAGUGUGGUGGCAGCGUGGAGGUCCUGCCCUGUUCGAGGAUUGCACACAUCGAGCGUGCCCACAAACCCUACACAGAGAAUCUGACAGCCCACGUGCGUCGUAAUGCUCUGCGGGUGGCUGAGGUCUGGAUGGACCAGUACAAGAGUCACGUCUACAUGGCCUGGAAUGUUCCACUACAGAAUUCAGGAAUAGACAUUGGGGACAUCUCUGAGCGAAAAGCCCUGCGGUCCAGACUCCAGUGUCGACCUUUCAGCUGGUUCCUCUCCAACAUCUACCCUGAGCUCCGAUCCUACAGCAACACCGUUGCUUACGGAGUGUUGAAAAACAGUCUGAGAGACAACCUGUGUUUGGACCAAGGACCUGACACUGACAAUGUUCCCAUCAUGUACCUCUGUCAUGGUAUGACACCGCAGCAGAAUGUCUACUAUACAAGCUCGCAGCAGCUUCACCUGGGAGUACUAAGUCCAACGAUUGACGAUGAUGACAACAAGUGUUUGGUGGAUGUGAACAGCAGACCUAGGCUGCUGGAGUGCAGCUACGCAGCCACCAAACACAUGAAGCUCACCUGGACAUUCACUCAGGGUGGCUCCAUCCAGAAUAUGGAGUCUCUGCAUUGUCUGGAGCUGGUGGAGAGCAGACAGUCAGAGUUCAGCUUUCAGCUGGUCAUUCAGGACUGCACAGAUCAGAAAUGGACCAUCACGAACAUACUGACUGUCCUGCCACAGUGAACACACUGACACCAGUCGGCUAAUGGAACACCUUUGUUGUGAUGGACUGCUCGAGUCAGUGAGGAAGUUUGAGGACUUCUUCUGCUGACCCAGAUCAACAAUCAGUUGUCACAGAUUUCUGGUGGAGGAAAAAAAAAUGAGUCCAGUUAGAAAUGGGAAAAAUGCUGAAGUAAGCAGCAAAGUACUUGUCCAAAAAAUGAGCUUUAAUAUCAGACCUAUUUUUAAGGAGAAUCUGCAUAGGAAAAGAUGUGCUUCAAUCAGACACGGACCAUCAGUAACCUAAUAACCGUUUUAUACCAAUGACCUGAGAGAAGAGACACUCACAGAUGGAGCCGGGGCUCUUAAAAUGUCCCUCUCUGCAAUCGAAAUGAGAAAUAUAGCUGCUUGUUUCAUGGGACAGGCCCAUGAAAUCAUGUAAGCACUCUGGUUAUUGCAGGAGCAGUAUUUUGGGUCCCUGUCCACCUUUUAUGAUUGGGCCUGUACUCCUUCCGUCUCAACGCACAAUCACUAUAACAAAUUGAGUGAGUAUUGGUUUCAGUAUGUUUGUGUGCAGAGGGAGAAAUGCAAGGUGAGUGACUGAACAUGCCGCAGAAAAAUCUAGCAAUUUUACAAUGCAAACAGGCUGAUUUGUUACACAAAUUAUGUGGAGGAGACAGAUUUCAAGUUAUUACUGUUUGACUCAGACUGUGGGCAGGACAGAUGCUGCAGAUUUCCUCAUAUCACAAAAAGGUGACAAAGUGUCGUGGAGAAUAACCAGUGAGUGAUAAAAACUGACAUUGUGAUAGAAACUGUAUUCCUCAGAAGUUUCAGAGUGUGCUGUAGAAUUAAUUUGAUCAGAGGCGGAGCCGUCCAUCAUGCUGGCAGGCGCCAUGUUUGUGGACAGAGCAGAAGAUUAAUCUGAACAAGAAGAUUUUAGAUUUCCUAGCUCCUGUAACACCAGCACUUAACACAACUUUGGCUCAUGCAGCAUUGGUAUUACAACCAUUCUCAUUCCCAGGGUGUCAAAUAUGGCAGCCUGGUCGGUGGCCCUUGGCCUCUAUUACCAACACACAAGGCACCUUUCAGCUAACUCCAGUGUGAGACUGUCUGCAACAAUAAAGUAGUAGAGAGUCAGAGAAAGUCCGGACUUUCACCCAGAAGACCAGUGAUCGUGUCCUGUGAGGAUACCAAAAGUCAACUUGAGUUUUUAUGCUUCUGUGCUCGUGAGAGCCAUGGCCAGAGGGUUGUCCGUCCGUCCAUCCUUCCGUACAUAUAUACAUAGAUACAUACAUAUGUGUGGAUAUAUGGAGAAAAUUCCCAUUUUCAUGAAUUGUGGAUUUAUCAAGUAUGACUUGAGGGUAUUUCUUCACAUUUGGCAUGUCCACUUGGACUCAUAGAUGAACUAAUUAGAUUUUGGUCAGCAAAGGUCAAGGUCACUUUGUCCUAGUCUGUCUAAUCCUCAUGAAUGCAAUAUCUCAGGAGCACCUUGAGGAAAUUUCUUCAAAUUUGGCACAAAAGUCCACUUGGGCUCAACUACAUACUGAUUAGAUUUUUGUAGUCAAAGGUCAAUGUGACCUCAUAAAACAUGUUUUUGACCAUAACUCAACAAUUCGCAUGCUAAUUAUGACAAAAUUUCCCACAAAUUUGUAAAAUGAUGAAGUGAUGACAUUUUGUAUGCAAAAGAUCAAAGGUCAUCUUCACUGUGACAUCAUAAUGUUUUCUGCCCAUUUUUCAACACCAGAACAAAAGGGGAGACAUUUGGUCAGAUACUGAAUUUGUGACACUAAUCAUGGGUGUCCAUCAUGAAAGCAUUGUCCACUGUAAUGUAUAUAUAAAAGUCUGGACGGACAUGGACGUAACUCUAAAUGCAUCUUACAGAGUCAUACAACCACGGGGCGGUAAUUCUAGUUUACGUCAAGUAACGUAAAUACUGGUGUACUUCAUGUGAUAUAAUCAUCACAUUACUGUAACAAAUGUAGUUAUUUUAAUCCAAAUCAUAAUCAUUUUUCUAAACCCAAAGUAGUUUUUGUGGCGGAACCUAUGUUUCCUGUGAAGACUGACAGGAUUUUUUAAAGAGCAGAAAUUGGCACGAAACUGACACAGAAACUGUUAGAGGAGUAGCAAAUUUUUGUUUCUUGGGAUAUUAAAGGCAUGAAUUACCCUACUCUCUCUUUCCCUCUCUCUCUGAUCGGCUUACCCUGACAUUCUUAUUCUGUUCAAUCUCAGUCCUCUUGCCUAAGCCUAACAAACUCAACCAAUGAAAGUGACAAGUGCUAGCCAGUCAAAGAAUAGGGCAGUUUUUGCCUUUGUUAUCCUUGGAAACCCAAAUUCGCAAAUGGGUAACUACACCGUAAUAGUUUGAAGCGUAGGGCCAUUAAUCACGCUGGCAUAUAUGAUCUGCUGGGAGAGAGAAUGUGUUGGCAACCAUAUUAAGCAGACCUGGCUGAAAGAGGAAAGUGAUGCAGAAACCCCAGCACAGCUCUGAUUUCAAGGCAAGAACAUCUGUCCAAAAAACUGGGUAAAGUUCUUUCAAACCUGUGAAAAGCUGAGGGUCAGGGUUGUGAAAGCUACUGCAUUAAAUAUCAUGUUCUUGGGGGGCUGAUAUGACAAAUAAGAAGUUAAAGGAAAACUCCACCCUAAAAUACUUAAUCCACACUGGUGUUUUUACAUAUUUUGCCCAUUUUAAAUGUUUUGUGUUUAAAUGUUUUAUAUUGAGUGAACCAAAUACUAUAUAUUUCAAAAGAAUCAAAGGCUUGGUUGUCCUGCCAUAACAGAGAUAAUAACAUUUACACAAGAAUAUGUCAACAAUAUGUAGCACAGACUGUAUACAACCACACAGUCUCGAGAAGAUGUCUAAUCAGACAAAAUAAUUACAGAUGCCGGCAGAGGUGUAAGAUGGCUGUGUCGGAGCAAAAACUCAAGUUCAGAUAUUUACUGUCUUAUGUCAGAGGUCUCCUCCUUCAAAGUCCUCCUUCUGAAUUUAAGAUCCAGGACUGUCACCAUCCAUAACCUCCACUAAGAAAUACAGCAUUCUUUUCCCUCAGUCACCCCACUCACUUUAUGCUACACUGAUAAUACUUCAUCCUAGUUGGAUGAUCACCAAAAUAAGCUUAAACUGGAUUUACACCAAUUUUCAAAAUUCAGGCAGUCCAAGAAUAUCAGUAAACAUGUAAACACAACUCUCUCACAAAUCCAAAAAUUAGAGUGCUAAAACUAAAGUUUGUGAUGUCAUUGGGUGUCAUGGAGCUGCUCCAUAGACAGCGAAUGGUGAAAUAUGUUCUAGAUGACACUGGGUGCGGUUACAUGAUGGCUUCUCAUUCGGAAUGAAAUAAAUCUGAAUGAAAUCAUUCAGAAUUAAAGUUUUUCCAGGUAGUUUACAUGGGAAAUAUUCAUUCCUAAUGAGGGUUUACACGGGAGAUCCGUUUAAUCGCCUUUAUUCAGAUCUGCGCAAGGUUUGGGUCAGGGGAGGUUUCUGAUUGGAUAGGGGGCAGGGCGGAUGUUACGUGUUUACGUUUACUGGAAGAAAACACUGUAGUCCUCGCUCCGGAUAACAAGAUGCUUGACGACGCCGUUAUUAGUGCCUUUUUCAGGCUUGUUUUGCUUAUAUUCUUGAAGCAGCAGUACUACAACAACCUUGUUCUGCUAAUGCUUCGUCUGUUGAGGAGGAGAAGGGAGGUAGAAGGUCGAAGAAGGGAGAAAGAAGACCGUGCUGUGGCGAAUGGAAACCGGUUAGUGCAACAAGUCGCGUGCGCGCCAUAUAUGUCAUCGCGCCAGAAGGGCAAGGAAACGAGAAUGCGCAGAAAGACUGGAAUGAACUUAAGAGGAAUGAGUGUAUACAAGUGCGAGAAAUUCUUUCAUUCGGAAUUAGAAACAGAAUAUUCCAGCCCCUUACAUAGGAAUGAAUUUUCAAUCGCAUUGGCCAUUUUCAUUCAAAAUUAGGUGUUUACAAGAUCACUUUUAAUAGGAAUGAACUUUCAUUCUGAAUAAAAAGGGAAUUAAACUGUCCAUGUAAACGCACUCAAUGAAAGCCCCCCGGGGAACGUUCUGGGUAUGUAUGUGUACAUUUUUUUGUUUCAGAAUUGAGAACACUACAGUAGAAUAAAGCUCAUUUGGGGUAUAAAAAAGAACCCAAACAUUUUGUGGGUCCAAAAAUCAGGCUCUCAUUCAAACUCCCAUUCAAUUAGGCAGUUUCAAACUUCAUUCUUUGUGACCUGGGUGUUCAGUAAGGGGUCUGCGACCCCUAGGGGUCCUCAGAAUUACUGCAGGGGGGUUGCCAAAUCAUUGUCUGAUAAUUUAAUUUUUAAAUUAAUUAAUUAAAUAUGGAAAUUGCCAGAGUUUAACAUUGGUUUUUAUGCCUGCAUGCCGGCCAUGUGGGGAGGCCAUUAGGGUUGUCCAUCCAUCCCAUUCUCUUAAACAUGAUAUCUCAAGAACACCUUGAGGAAAUUUUCUAAAAUUUGGCAUAAAUGUCCACUUGGACUCAACGAUGAACUGAUUAGAUUUUUGUGGUCAGAGGUCAAAGUCACUGCGACCUUGCAUCUGUCUCACUCUCAUAAACACGAUAUUUCCAGAACACCCUAAGGAGUUUUCUCCAAAUUUGGCAUGAACGUCCACUUAGACUCAACAAUGAGCAGAUCAGAAUUUGGUGGUCAAAGGUCAAGGUCAGUUGUGACCCUGCAUCUGGAUCAUUCUUGUGAACUCAAUUUUUCAGGAAAGCCAAAAGGGAAUUUCUUCAUAUUUGGCACUUACAUCAACUUAGACUCAAAAAUGAACUGAUAAGAAUUUGGUAAAGUAAAGAUGAAGUGUUGACAUUUUAUAUCCAAAAGGUCAAAGGCCAACUUUACUGUGACAUCAUAAUGUUCUGCAAAAGAAGAAAAAAAAAUACUUUUCUGGCCAUAGAGUGUGGCAGGAAUGAGUCCUAAAACUCAGAAAUGAGUUAGCAUUUUACCACUCACAGUUCUGUUGUCUCAGAGUCAAUAGGUUUUUUUGAUUGGGUUUUGGUUAGAUGCCUGAAAUAAAGUCUGGGAUUAACACAAGCGUUCUGCAACAUAAAAUAUGUCAAUACAUAAACCACUAAUGAACUUUGGAGUUUCUAUGAGUGGUAAAAAAGGCAGUUGCCAACAAGAGGCUAAGUGAGACUAUAGAAUGUCAUCACGCCGAGCCGUACCUAGCAUGACUUUACAGUCUUGUUAUGGUGGUGAUGUCAUGUGACCAUAGUGUAGUUCAUUUACAGCCUGACAUUAGCUUUUUACUUCUGGCGAUUGCAUUUAGAUUUCAGUAAUCAUGAAAAUGGUGUUCAUUUGUGAAGAUUGUCUUGCUGAGUAAAACAUGAAAGUAUCAAAAACGUUUGUUGUCGCAGCAAACCCCAUAGGCUUUUUGACAAGGGAACUAGUCAUUCCUGGAGCGCUCCAUUAUUCAAUGUCAUAUCUCAGCAACAGAAAGGGAGACACUUGGUCAGAUACUGAAUUAGAGACACUAAUCCUGGGUGUCCACCUUAAAACUGUGCUGACUGUAUAGAUCUUCUGUACUGCUGGGGAGAAGAUGUGUGUGAAACAUCCAUGUUUUCACAGACAUGGAUGUAAACUGUAAUUGAAACUUGACUGGUUUGCAGAGGCAUAAUUCUAGUUACUGCUUUGUUGUUUUUGUUUGAGUGCAACUUUUUAGUAUUAAACAAAAUACUGCCUUUAUGAAGACAGCCAAAAGGCACACACGCAGUAGUUUAGGGGAACACGUCACAGUGUGUCUUUAAUGAAUCCUCUGUCAUCGCAGUUCAGUAAGAGGUGCAGGUAAAGCCUGCUAGCCUUCAGUCCUCCGAAGGACAUAUCUUUUUAGAGGGCACCAGCUGAAAGGGGACCCAGCUUGUCAUUACAUCCUCCACCUACAUAGCUGCAACAAGGUCAAACCCCUUCUGUGUGGUUUGUUAAAAGGUAGCCUGGGAAUUGUAGGACAUCACAACUGAAUUGAUCAGAAGUAGGAUCAGAUAAUGGGUGGCAUAAAAUAAAUGGAUUGAAUACAACAGAUGGAUGUUAUAUCAUCCAUAACAGAUGGACGGUAUCCGACAGUGGAUGAGCAUCCAAGGAGGGAUUUUUCCUUUAAAAUUUUGCUGCUGCUUUGUUCCCUUAAAACUCUGAACCAUGAAUAUUCACCAGGCAAUAAUUCAACAAAGGGGAUUGUGAGCAGGUAAACUGUCAAUUCUACACCUCUCAAAUCUACAACCAACCAUGGGGGGCAUGCGAAACUUUGAACUAACAAAUGUAGCUCAUCCCAAGAAAUACUGCACCCAAAGACAUGAAACUGUUUAAUUGGUCAAUCUUGAGUGCACACGGGGGCAAUUUUAGCACAAAAGAUGCUGGAGAUAAAUUAUUAGCAGAAACAAUGAAUGAUUUCUUUGCAUGGUAAUAAUUUCUCCACAAAAUAGAACUGAUGUGCAUGCAAAAAGAGAAAUAUGGCACCCAAAGGCAUUUGAUUAAACAAUACAAGACAUAUAUGUGGGUCUGACUUAUGAAGUUAAAUAUAUCUCUCAAUUCAGAGCAAACGAUGGGGCAAUUUUGGCACAAAAAAUAUACAGAGAAAUUACCUUCUUAAAUAGAAGACUUUAUUUCUUUUAAUAUAAUUUAUCCAUAACAUAUAAUUGUGUUAUGUGCCUGGAUAUUUUUCUGUGCUUAAAAUGUUCCAGUGUUUGCACAGAAUUGAGGAACAAACAUAAGUUCACAUAGACUGGGCAUGUGUGACUGAGAUUUGAGAAUGUCUGGAUGCUUGUUUUAUGUUUGAAUACAUUUUUGCUUUUGCUGAUUUGACACCUGCAUAAUACUACUGUUGAAUCAUUUGCUCUACAUUUAUGGAUCUCCAAAAGUUACACACUGUCAUAAAGCUCUGAAUUAAAUAUAACUGUUUUGCAAUCGAUUGCCCAAUUAUUCAAAGCCCCAGCCUUCAACAGUUUCUAUCAAUAAUUCAACACAAAAACAGGAUGAACCUAUUCAUUAUUAAUCCGGCUAUUAUGUAUUCAGAGCUUUCCUUUUUCAAUCACAGCCCACUGAGAUACCAAUAACACAGUGGUAAAGCAUUGUAACUUGUGGAGGACUGGAAGUGUGUGUCUCCUAUCGGCUACUGUGUAGCAUCUGUUACCAAACCUUGUGUUGAUCUUCUGUUAUUUUUGUGGCUCAGGUUUGUAGAUCCUGAAAUUUUUAAAAGUAUCUCAAUUUUUGGGAAGCUGUUAAUUUAUGAAGUCAUGAAAAUGUCCAUGCUAUUUUAUUAGUGUGUUUAAACUGGAUAUUUAUAAGUACCAAUAGUAAAAAAUGAUA